CGUCUUCACCAGAGUCACUACAGAAGUUCUGCACACAACUAUUUUGGACAGCUGUGAACUACACGCGCGUACAUUCUAAACUCGAUGUGAACAUGCCGGGCAAGUUGUCUUACGAAGUCCAAAACUUUCUCUGAACUACUUUAAACUUUGAACGUUUUCUCCAACUCGUUUUGCAUCGGAACAUCCGCAGGUUUUCAACUCCAGGACCACUCCGGAUCCAUAGGACCGACCUUACAUCUGAGCUGAGGGAAUCGCAUUGUGAUUUGAGUGAUCAGUAGCGACACCAACCAUGGGCAGCAAGACUCUUCCAGCCCCGGUUCCCCUCCACCCCUCCCUGCAGCUAGCCAACUACUCCUUCCUCCAGGCCUCCAACGGCUUCCAGCUGCCCACGGACCAAGUCCCUGGCAUCUAUAGCUUCAGCGCCCUGCACGCCAUCCACCUCCACCAGUGGACCCUGGGAUACCCUCCCUUCGCUCUCCCCCGCUGCACUUUCUCCAAGCUCCCAGCCCUGAUGGACGGACGCUUCCCCGGCUUGCCUUCCGUCCCCAUCUUCCCCCACCUGGUCCAGCCCAAGGACCAGGCCGCUGCGGUCGCCACUGCAGCUACCACCAUGAAUCUCCUUCAGGGCUCCAAGAACAAGCCCCAGCCACGCUUCGACUUCGCCAACCUGGCCACCGCCGCCACCCAGGAGGACCCGCUGAAGGCGGAGGACCUGAGCAUAACAGGGGCAGCCGCCACGACUUCUCCUCGCCGUGGCGGGCUAGGCUGUCUCAUGGACGUGGCCAAGCUGUCGUCGCCUGAGCGCAAGCCUAGCCGUGGCCGCCUGCCCUCCAAGACCAAGAAGGAGUUUGUGUGCAAGUUCUGCGGCCGCCACUUCACCAAGUCCUACAACCUGCUUAUCCACGAGCGGACGCACACGGACGAGAGGCCGUACACCUGUGACAUCUGCCACAAGGCCUUCCGGAGGCAGGACCACCUCCGAGACCACAGGUACAUCCAUUCCAAAGAGAAGCCCUUCAAGUGCCAGGAAUGUGGAAAGGGAUUUUGUCAGUCCAGAACGCUAGCCGUCCACAAAACUCUGCACAUGAAGGUGAAGGAACUAAAGCCAUCCAAGAUUAAGUGAUGUCAACACCUAAAAAAAAAAGUGGACAAGGGGACACUGGAAA